AUGUAUGUUCAUAGAUGUAGGUUCGUUGAAUAUACACCCACGGCAAUCAAUGCUUUGGCUUUUACACCUUUAUCAACCCGGCCUCUUCUCGCGUGCGGUCGAGCCAAUGGUGAAAUUGAAAUAUGGAAUCCUACACAGCGUUGGAAUUUAGAAAAGAUAAUUCCUGGUGCAAAAAACACGUCCAUUGAAGCUUUAACUUGGGUACAUCGGACCAUUUUAAAAGAAUCAGAUAGUUACUCUCAAACCAAAGAAGAACAAGAAUUUUUAAAGGUUUUAUUGAACAAACCUCCUAGGCUAUUUUCUGCAGGUUCAAAUGGGUUAAUCACAGAAUGGGACACAACAUUAUUGAGAACCAAGAAUUCCACCAAUUCGUACGGAGGAGCUGUUUGGUGUAUGUCGACAAAUAAUGCAAAUACAUUACUUGCUGUUGGUUGUGAUGAUGGCGGGUUACGUAUUUUUGAUAUUAAUGAUGAUGGACUAAUUCUAAUUAAAACCCUCAUGAGAAAUGAUGCCAGAGUUAUGGCAUUGGCUUGGGAUAAUGAUGACAAAUUUAUUGUGUCUGGCUCGUCUGAUAGUAAUAUAAUUAAAUGGGACGCUCAUAAUGCGCGAAUAACGCAAAGGAUGACUGUAGAUAUGAAACAUGGAAAGGAUAAUAUAGUUUGGACGAUGAUGAUCCUUAAAAAUGGCACAAUCGUUAGUGGUGAUUCAUUAGGACAUGUUUGUUUUUGGGAUGGUAAUCAUGGCACUAUGCUACAGAAAUUUAAAGCACAUAAUGCAGAUGUGCUAUGUUUGGCGUCGAAUAAAGAAGGCACUAUGGUUUUUUCAUCUGGAGUAGAUCGUAAAUGCAAUUUAUUUCGUAUAGCCGAUUAUUUCACCACACAAUCAUCUAAUGAUGAUUUCAGUGAAAAUAAUUGGGUUUUGGUGGGAUUUCGAAGAACACAUUUGCAUGAUGUGAAGGCAAUGGCUUUAAGGGAUGAUUUAACCGAUAAAUUUUUUGUUUCUGGAGGUGUGGACGCUUCAAUUUUGGUUUCACAUUUUGAUGGCUUUCCCGAAGAUAAACUCCAACGAUUACCUUUUAUUCCUCAAAAACCUUUGAUUAGUAUUUCAAAAUCAAAAAAACUUUUGAUGUAUCGAAGUUAUAAUCAAAUAAAGAUAUGGAGAUUGGGUAACGCCAAAUUGCCGGAUUCUUUGAAAUUUGAACAGAUUCCAAACUUGGAUUUAAUAGAACCGCAACAAGCAAUUUUGGAAAUGACCUUGAAGGGUAAUUAUCAUCUCAUGGCAAGCGCAUUAUCAGAAGAUGGUGAAUGGAUUGCAGUAUCUGAUAUAGAAACAGUAAAAGUGUUCAAAGUCCAAAAUGAUCCCUCAAAUCCUGACAGUAUCUGUGUUAAAAAAGUCAAAUUCCCAAAAAUAUCGGUGAAUGGAAAUUCAGCAGGAGCACAUCACCUCAUAUUCACUUUGGACGGAAAAAAACUUGUGAUAGUUAAUAUUGACUCUUCCAUUAUUAUCGCUGAACUCAACGAUUGUCAGCAUAAAGAAAUUAGAAUACUUCAUCAAUUUUAUGAACAUGCUCAACCACUUGAUGGAAACACAUCGAUUGUCACCUCUAUAGCUGUGAGUGGUGAUAGUCGAUGGCUUGCUGUAGGUGAUCUUUUAAAUAGAAUUAACGUGUAUAAUUUAGAAACUUUUGAGCUUCAUUCAACACUUCCAAAAUUCUCUUCAACUCAUACGGCAUUGGCUUUUUAUCCGUCAAAACCUACUCUUGUGAUUACUUUAUCUUCCAACGAAUUUUUCCUUUAUGAUAUUGAAUCACAAGAACUCGAUGAUUGGUCACUAACGUAUUCCGAAAGUCUACCAAAAACAUUUCUAAAUUUAGAAAAUAGACUUGUUGGCUGUGCGUUUAAUCCUAUAAAUAGUGAUGCGAUUAUACUUUGGGGUGCUAAUUAUCUUUGUCUUAUUGAUUUUGAUAAAUGUCGUAAAGAUAAGGGGCAUCAACCACAUUUGGCUACGUGUACAGGAUGGCGGGAAAACUUAAAAUAUAAAGCAAUUGAACAAGCACCAAAACAGAAUGGUCUAACGAAAAAGAGAAAAAGAGACAAAACCGAAAAAAAUAUAAAAAGGGCCAAAACUGACAAAAAAAUAAUUAAUUUUCAACUUGUCUUUAGAUAUCGCUCAUUAAUGUAUGUUGAUUUUAUUGAACCAAACACUAUGAUAGUUGUAGAGAGGCCAUUUGCCGCUAUUUUGGAGAAUUUGCCACCUUCAUUUUACAAAGCUCAAUAUGGCUCUUGA